AUAGAACAUUUGACACAUCCACUCUUAAUUUACAAAUUAUUAAUUUUAAUGUGGGAUAUAUAAUUUAAAAUUUAAUUGAUAGAUAUUUAAGUCCUCUUAGCUGUCUUGCUUAAACUGGCUUCAUAAAAAACACCUUCAUGGUAGUCUUAUUUAUUAGUAGGUAUUUAAUAGGUACACACUUCUUGAAUCCGUAGUGCAUACUUCCAGAUUCGGACUACACACUUUGUAUCGGGGUUCAUUAAAAAAAUGAGGGCUGGCCUAAAUGUGUAAUAAUAUUGUAGUUAUGGUAAUAUGUAGCUAACUAACUCGUCUCUCUCGUUACAAAUAGGUCCACAUCUGUGUAUGUAAUUUAUCUGUUAAAAAUUAUUUUACAACACUAGUAAUUUAUCGAGAAAUGUAAUAUAAUAUUAAAGAUAAUUCUAAUUUUUACUUUACCCAAUAAAAUCGAAUAGUUUUGUAGGUUUUCCAAUAAACAUGAACGUCGAUCAAAUCAAAACCGGCUUUGGAGGGAAAAAAAAUAAUCGGAAAAAUUACUCUGGUUAGAAAUAUUAGGAUUAACUCCAACUCUUAGUCUUUCUCCCCCUACGAUUAUUUCAAUUUAAAACGUAUAAAUUUAUUUUCGGAAAUGGAAAAUAAUAACCAGUUUCAUAGGAAGAACCGACGAAAAUAGAACUGUAUUUGCAGUCGAAGACGAAGAAAAAGAUAGCUACACUGCAGAUAUGGAUUCGCAUCAAAAACUUUUCCGUAAAAUAUUGAUGGGGAGAGCUUAUCAAAUUAUGGCAAGUUAAAUUUCUUAUAAACAUAAGAACCGGGUUUAACCGAUAGACCAUCAUUUAUGUGCAGAUGAUUUCGGAUGUGAUAAAAUACAAACCGUUGGCAAGGUUAGAAAAGGACAACUACCGACCAGUGGACAUGGGAGGUGACGAAGGGACAUCAGUAACGAAACCGGUGAAAAAAAUUAAUAAUAAACUCAUAGCGUGUACAUGUAUACUUAUGUGUGUAGGACAAGCACAACGACGAAACCGUUACUUGUAAUUUACGAAACACGUACGCUAGAAUUGGUCGAUUUUUUGAUACGAUUUCCAAGGAAGCGACUAUGAUACGUGACGACGGCGAAAACGUCUGGUUCGAUGAGAUUGCGAGAAUGACUAGGAUCGAAAGAGAGGCUGUAGAAGCUAAGAGAAGACAAAUAGAAAUUAAAGCUCGCGGCGAACAAGAUGAACGGUUCAAACAGGUCAUGGAAAUCCACCAAGAAAUAAGCAAAUUGGUCAGUGAUCGGCUUACGGACCACGUGAUCGACGAGUACGCGAACGAAGUGGCCGUAACACUGUUGAAGAACGCUAUCGCAGACCAAAACAAUACCCGACGCGAUGACGAACACAUCGAACAAGACCUACAAGAGUUUUUGAUGCACUCAGCGAAUACGACAUGAACGGCAAUCAGUUUUUUCUUAUCAAAUACACUUCGUUACACCGUAAUCAUCCAAUAAACACGUAACAGUUACCAUUUAUGUAAAAAGAUUCUUUCUGUCUAGUAAUUUUUUGUUAAAUUAUAAAUUCAGUAUAUAUUUUGUACUAAAUUAUGAUACCAAAAGAACUCCGUCCUUCUAUCGUUGAUUUGAUCUGAGGGAUGCUAGGGAAAAUCCAGAAUAUGAAAAUCAUAAUUUUGACAAGGUAAUUGUAAUAAAGGGUGGUUACGCAACAAACUUUAAAUUACUUGUACAGCAAACUAUUGCCGGUCCGCUAUCGUCUAUACGAGUAAAUUCCACAAUACUAAGAUAGCAAUGGAUUUGGUAAAAUGUACAAACCCUGAUUUUUGUUCAAAAAGAAAAAUUGAUAUCAUUCUAGGAUCAGAGAUUUUCUUUGAACUGUUUUUUUUUUUAACUCAAAUGGCUUUGCAGAAAACUGUCUUCGGGUGGAUCCUCUCAGGUAUCGUCACGUCAAAUAAUUCUAUCCAACGUCUUCUGGCAAUGAACACUGAAACUGAAUCACUACACUUCAACCAGAUUAAAAGCUUCUGGGAGAUCGAAGAAGUCGUGAAGUAUCUAUAGUAAAAACACUUGCUACCGAAGAGGACUAAUGCAAGACGCAUUUUGCGAAUGCGUGUCAUCGAGAAAAUAAUGGUUGAUUUGUACUAAAACUACUUCAGAAGUGUUCAACUGAGUUUCGCGAAAGAUGGCGGAAAGGCGAUUUUAGGCAAUGAAAAGGAAGCUGAAAUUAAAUCCUGAUUUAUAGGAAAAAUACGCAGAAUUCAUACACGAAAUCAUAGGUUGAGCUAUUAAUAGGUAACGAAACGAAUAGUAAUUAAUAAAUAUUAAAACGCUUA